AUGUUUCUGGUGAAUCGGCUCUAUGGAACUCAGGCCUCUCUGGGUCUGCGCCAGGAGGAAGCCAAGAUCUCGCUCUUGGGACUAGAUAAUGCUGGGAAGACCACCCUGCUCCGAAUGCUGAAGGACGAGAGAUUGGUUCUGCCCCUACCCACCCAGUUCCCGACUUCUGAGGGACUGCGUAUAGGGAAGACAAAGUUCAAAGCUUUCGACUUGGGUGGAAGCCAGAUCGCUCGGAGGGUCUGGCCAGACUACUACGCUAAGGUGAAGCUCCUCUGUUUUUCUCUCCUCUUGAACGUAGCUCCUCUGUUUUUUUCUCCUCUUGAACGUAGCUCCUCUGCGGAUGCAGUGGUAUAUGUGGUGGACGCCUGCGACAAGGAGAGGUUUGCAGAAUCAAAGAGGGAGCUCGACGCCCUGCUUUCAGAUGAAGCUCUUGCUAAGGUGCCUUUCCUCGUGCUCGGGAACAAGAUCGAUAUCCCGCAUGCGGCUUCGGAGGACGAGCUGCGAUAUCAUCUCGGGCUCACCGACUUCACGACUGGCAAAGGGAAAGUGGAUCUUGGGGAUCAGACUGUCAGGCCCCUCGAGGUGUUCAUGUGCAGCGUCGUGCGCAAGAUGGGCUACGGCGAAGGGUUCGAGUGGAUGUCGCAGUACAUCAAGUAG